AUGUCCACAUCCUCCACCGUAUCAGUUUAUUCACCCACCAAUGACCAACCUAAUAAACAUGAAUCCCGGGCAAGGGAGGAGGACGAACAAAAAUCUGUACGAGUAAUGGCUUCUCUCAACCCGUGCUUGGAGCUCCGACCACUGGGCAACACUGGACUGAAGCUCAGCUGUGUCGGGUUCGGAGCUUCUCCUCUUGGCAAUACCUUCGGCCCAGUUUCGGAGCAGGACGCCCUCGCCACCGUCCGCGAGGCCUUCCGCCUCGGCAUUAAUUUCUUCGACACCUCUCCGUAUUAUGGAGCUACAUUGUCAGAGAAGGUGCUUGGUAAGGCACUUAAAGCUCUAGGGGUUCCAAGAAAUGAGUAUAUCGUGUCGACCAAAUGUGGAAGGUACAGCGAGGGCUUUGAUUUUAGUGCCGAGAGGGUGACAAGGAGCAUCGACGAGAGCUUGGCGAGGUUGCAGCUGGAUUAUGUUGACAUACUGCAUUGUCAUGACAUUGAAUUCGGGUCUCUUGAUCAGGUCAAUAGUUCACGUCUACUGCUGCCGCCGCUGCUCCUUCGUAACUGAACUAAUUAACUUACAAAAUGGCAACCCUAUAUCUAUUAUUCAAAUUGUUGUAGUGGUGACAUGGUUGUCAAUGGCAGGUUGUAAAAGAGACAAUCCCUGCUCUUCAAAAACUAAAGGAAGCUGGGAAGAUCAGGUUCAUUGGGAUAACUGGACUUCCACUAGAAGUGUUCACGUAUGUGCUUGAUCGAGUGCCACAAGGCUCAGUUGACGUAAUCCUGUCUUAUUGUCACUUCUCUAUCAAUGAUUCAACCCUACUAGAUCUACUUCCUUAUCUGAAGAGCAAAGGUGUAGGCGUAAUCAGUGCUUCUCCGCUUUCAAUGGGACUGCUGACAGAAAAUGGCCCACCAGAAUGGCAUCCUGCUUCUCCUGAACUGAAGGCUGCCUGUAAAGCUGCUGCCUCGCACUGUAAGCAGAAAGGGAAGAAUCUUCCAAAGCUAGCAAUGCAGUACAGCUUCACAAACAAGGAUAUCUCGACAAUAUUGGUCGGGAUGAACUCAGUAAGACAGGUCCAGGAAAAUGUAGCUGCCGCUACAGAGUUCGCUACAUUUGGACAGGAUGGAGAAAUGCUAGCGGAAGUAGAAGCAAUUCUUUCCCCCGUGAAAAACCAGACGUGGCCUAGUGGAAUCCAACAGUAAAUUCCUAAUUUGUGGUUCAUGGCCGUCUUUCCAGCAGAAGUCAAGCGUUAAGAAUAAAUUUGCCGCCGCAUGGCACUCGAACUUGUAACUAAAACCUACUUGUGAACUUUGGACCGUAACUAAUGGAACCGUAACUAAGGGGAUCGUGAUGGCGCAAAAUUGUAAUGCAUGAUGAUGCUAUUAAGUAAUAAGUUGUGACAUGGAGCUGAUUUUGCUAAAUUAUCCCAUCUAUAUUCUCUAUUUCUAAAAACUCGAAUCCAUUCC